UAGAUACAGUCAGUGGUCAAGUACAGUGCUACAGUACACUGCAUACAGUCUAUACAUAGUUAUAGAGUGCGGUACAGUGUAUUCGCGACAUAAAUUUAUUCGCGAUCGACAAGUUUGCAUUUUGUUUCUAGUGUGAAUAUACUAUAACUUUUCACUUUGUGGUCGGUCACAGAUUAAGGUGGUUCGUGGAAGAACAGCUUUGAGAAUUCCUUGAAAAUGGAUUGCCCGUUACCGCAUAUUAUAGAAAGUGCGGAUUGCGAAGGUUCGGGAAAACCAAAAGAAAGGCUAGUGAAUCUUCUGGAUCAGAUUGAAAUUCACGUAGAACAACUGAGGAAGGAUGCUUCGAGACUCGAGGAAGAAAGAGAUACUCUCUUGACCACUUUAGACACUCUUAGAAACAAUGAAAUGCUGGGCAGAUUGGAAGAAACUGACAAGGAUGACGUGUUGAGGUAUGCCGAAAGGCUGUCUAUGCGAUGCUUGACGGUCGAUGUCUUGGUGAAAAUUCAACGUGACCACGUUCAAGAAGAAGCAUUACAUCAGGUAAACGGGUUGAUCGACAGUUUAAUUGUUGGUCUUCGCGACGAUCCAGCUGCGACUCGGCAACGCUGCGCAUCUUUUAUGAAUGCUUGUUCUUCGCAAGGUUAUGGACUUUCCGAUAAAAACUUUGAAAGCGCAAUUCUUGGAUGUACUCUAGACGACCAGAAACGGGUAAAGAAAAGAUUACAGGGGUUAUUGGAUUAUAUCGAUAAAAAGCACACGAUUCAACUGUUAUGAAGAUAAACUUGAAACAACCUACAUUGAAAAGAAGCAACCAAGUUACUCGGUAAACUAGCAGUUAAUCUGUUUUAGUUGAUUCGAAGGAGAUACCAGAAAAAUAAAAAGUUGAUUAAAGCAGGGUGCUUGACGAUAAUUCAACAGCGAUAUUUUACGGUAAAUGUAGAGAAAGCAUUACUCGCGUUACAGGAAUAUGUUAUUUUUUGUGCAUAUACUACGAGUUUCUAGUAGAAACUAUGCUUUACCGAUGCGCAAAUAAAUUCCUAUACAUUUUAUAAUUAUAUUUACGCAUUAAAUAUUGUACGAAACGAUCGUACAAUUGUUGUAACGAAUUAUAAAUGUAUUUGCAUUUUUUCAAAAAUGUUCAAGUUUGAAGUGAAACAAAAUUUGAAUAUAAUUAAAGCAACUAUACUCGAAACAAUAUUACUUUAAAAGCUAUAUCGAAGUAAAGCAAAAGAAUUAUAUACGACAUGUAUUCUCUUUUUUUAGUCAGGGAAACUAUGACGUGUACAUUAUUUUAGAGUUACGUUAAAUUUUAUCUUUAUGUGGAUAUCGUAUAUAUGCGACUGCUGGUUAGUCUAGUAUGCGUACAAUGUAAUAACAACUAUCAUUAUUUCAACUACUUAAAAUUAAUAAUGCUUCCUACAAUAAAAAAAAUAAAAAAAAACACAAAAAAUAUUAAACAUGUUGAAGGAAACUAAAUACAGAUUCUAAUUAUGCUAAGAACGUGGCUUUGGACUGUAUCGUGUACUAGUGAAUUAUGUAAGAUGUCUAUCUAUCGUAGUACCGUAGAUGAAAUUAUGAUCGCAGAUUAAACGAUUUACUACAAAUAUGUAUUACUUAUUACGUCAUGGAUAAGGAUUCGAUGUAUGUACAGUCUGGCACAGUUUUAAACAACUGUUUAUUUUGUUUAAGGAACUACGUAUUCUUUUUUUUUUACUUUAUGUAAUUACUUUAUCAUUAAAAACAUUGUUUGCGGUACAAUAGCGUGUCGUCAAGCUAUUUUAGUCGCAUUAACUUAAUUACAAUGUUCUCUAUGGCUCGUAUAUCCGUUCAAUUUUAAUGUAAGGUUCAAGUUUAGAAUUAGCGUGCAAUAUACUUUAUUUUCUAUGAUACAACCCGAAGGAAUAAAACAUCAUGUGUGAUUCGAACGGAAUGGAAUUUAUCGAAAUUUGAAAAGUGUAUUUUUUGUAUGCUUCUUGGAUGCUUUUUAAGAUGUCGAUUAAAACAAGCCAUUUGAAACUCGAAACGUUUAAUUAUUAUUUUUAUUUUUUUUCUUACAAACUAGAAUAUUUGGUUAGCCGUUAUAUCGAUAUCUGUUUACACAUAAAUUAACGUCUAUAACAUUUUUUAAAAAUUUGAAACGAUUUAAAAUAACUUUAGUUUUAAAUAUCCUAUUUAAUGGAAUAUUUAUAAUUUUAUUAAAAAAUUACCACAUAUUACCUAAAUCGAUCACUCGUUACAAAUAUAUUGACUCGAUGUAUCGAGAAGAAGAAAGAAACACACUGUACUCGCCUUCAAAGUUCAUCUUUUUCACAUACCGAAAUAAUAUCAUAUAUUUAUAAUAAUAUAUUUACAAAACACAAAGCACGUUUCAAGCUUCCCGAAUGUUAUGGAAGUUAUGGAAAAAGUAUUCGAGUGUAAAGUAAAAAUGUAAAACGAUUUCAGGAAUUCUGUGCUCGAAAUUGAAACGAUUAACAUUUUAAGCAGAGAAAGUUAGAUACGUUUAACGUUUGAUUUUCACUAAAGCGAAACAUGUAUCGGACCCGUAGUUGGUCGAUAUUAUAAUUCGUUGAUACGAAUAUAUAUCGGAAAUUGAUCGAUAUAUCGAUUCUGCUUAGAGAUAAAUUAUGCGGUGCGUCCAGUUUUCCAUCACGAUUUCGAUGCACCACGUUGUGCCUACUUAAUCAGAGUUUCGAAUCGUUAGACCAAUCCAGCGUACACAGUUGCCGAAACAACCGUUAUUAGGAUAAUUAUAUCUUCAUAAAUAUGAAUAUCAGUCUGUACACGGUUAGAGUAUAUUUGUUACAACUCUCCACGUAUUCGUCCACGUAAAGACUAAAGUAGCCUACAAGCAUUUUUCACGAAAUUUCGUUUCUUGUGAUUUUUUGUCUUUGCCCCUGGCCGCAAAACAAUGGUACCAUUCCCAGUACUCCGGCCACAAGCGGAUCCGUUCGGGCUAAAAGCACCUGUAACAGAUAUAAAUAUGUAUACAUAUAUAUUUUCAUAAAUUCACGAUCGAAACGAGUGAUGGCCGGCCGUUUCUCAGUUUAUAGUACAAUUACACUCCAUUAUCGUUGUGGUAGCCGAUGUGUUAGCAUAGUAGAUACGGUAUAAAUAAUUUUAGACGCGUUUAUUAAUUUAUUCUACAUCAUCGUGUAGAUGCUCUAAACUUUUAGGCUGUUACUUGUAUUAUUUACGUUGUUUAAUAAAAUGAUUCACACUC